UAUAAUUUAUUCUUGUAAACCAUGCAUUGGGUAUUAUUAAUAGAGAUUAAAAGCAAGUUGGCGUCCUGUAGUGUCGAGUGCAAUAGGUCUCCCGCGCUGUUUUCAUCAAAUCGUACCAGUCUGAGUCAGACAUUGGUACAUGAGACAAUCAUCAACAUCAUCAACAAAAUAAUAUUUUAUCUUUUAAAAAAUUCUUAUAAUCAACACAGUGAUAGCUAAAAAACAACCGGAUAUUUAAACUACCCAGAAGAUCACUCGAUACAAUCACAAUCUUAUUUUCAUUUAAACUACUUUACUUUUUUUAUUGUGGUUUUUUAUUUUUAUAUUCAAUCUACCUUUGAACUUUGGAUUCAUCAACACAUACAGAUACACUAUUUGAACUUUUUAAUUGUGAAUUUUGUGCAGUUGGAUUACAUUGUGUAAAAUUAAGUGAUUAUUUUAAAACAAUUUUUAAUAAUGUAAAUUAUUUAUUUUAAUUUUCAAAAUUCAAUUGCAAUGUGAACGUGAAAUAAAACACUGACAAUAUUUAUAAUAAUAAUUUUAAAUUGUCGUUAUAAUGGCAGUUGUACCUGGUUAACACUGGGUAAUUUUCAAUCAAGUGCAACAAUUGGCUCGUCACUUGUUGUAAUUUAAACGCUCUGAUAAUUUUUUAUAUAAUUUUUUUUUUUUUAUCUACUAUAUCGUCAUUAAAUAUUUAUUAAUUUAUUUACAAUAUUUUUAAUAACAUUGAACGCUGUAAAUUAGCUUUUAAUUAUAUACAUUUUUUUGAUAUUAAUUUGUGUAUUUUCCCUGAUAAAUUAGUGAUAUUUAAAAUAUUUUUUUUCGCUAUCAAUAAAUUUGAUGAUUCAUUGAGUUUGCCUUGAACGCAAAAAUAACCGAGCAUUUACAAAAAAAAUAAAAUAAAUAAAUGACAUUGCUUUAUUUAAAUAUUUAUAAAUAAUUAUUUUCAUUUUAUAAUAAUAAUAAUGGUGUUGAUAAUAAACUACUAAAUUGCUUUAAAUACAUUAAGUGUUUUUUUUCGAUUAAAAAAUAGACAAAGAUAAAAUAAAAAAAAAAAGUUUCGUCGUGAUAAUUAAUACAAAAAAAGGAAAUAAUAUUUCGUCUAUUAUUUUUUUUUGUUUUUUCAAAUGAUGCUAGUGUUUCUUUUGUGUGUCAUAAUGAAGAUUGCCGAGUUAUCAAGUGGACGAACAAGUCCAACAUUGUCAAGACAACCACCACCUUAUUGUCAAAAACAAAAACGUCGUUAUCGAAUUCGUGGAUAUAAUUCAAAUAUUAAAAAUAUUUACUGUGGACGUAAACGUAUUAAUAAGGAAAGUGCAAUGAUGGAAGAUCCACAGACUCCUGGUUCUGAUUGCAAUUCAAAUCCAGCAGAUCCAAUUUCCCAAGAUUUAAUUGGAUCAGAAUUCAUUCAGGAUAAUUCUGAUUAUCAAUGGUUCAUUGACUAUGGAUAUCGAGAUGGCAGUUUACAUGUACACCCAAGUGUAUUAACAUCAUUAUCAACAUCUUAUAAUCAUGAUGAUUUUACUUAUUACGAUGAUUUAUCACGUAAUUUAGAUGCAAAUCUUGCUGAAGUUGAUAUGGAAAGUUUUAAAACAGCUGAUAUACAUACAUUAUUAACAGCAUUACCAGUUAUGUGUACUGAUCCAGUUCAACAAUCAGAGUUUAACUAUCAGAGAGAACGUUAUGCAAGUAUAACUGGUUCAGUUAUGGAAAAAAUUGACAUUGGUACCUCACUUGGUCCACAAAAUAGCAGCCAGGGAGAAGACUCGGCGUCUUCAACAACAGAUACAAUAUCAAUUUGUAAAUCUUCGUUGUUAUUUUCCCCUGUUAAGGAGACACCUGUUCUACCACCAGGUGGAAGUUACAGUGUUGACUCUCUGGACUGUGAAGAUAUGUUACUUACUUGUCAAACAAAUAAUAAAAAUAAUUAUACAAUUGCGUUUGAAGGAAGUAUGACAAUGUAUUCUGAUGGUUCACAAGAUUUUGAAAGUCAAGAAAAACUAAAAAACCAUGAAUCACGUGAAAAUUCAUAUUACAAUCAAAAAAUGGAUAUUAAAAAUAUACUUGAUUUAUCAAUGAUAUGUUCUGAUUCAAAAAUAUAUACAACCUGGAGUAAUCUUAAAAAUUCAUCAUCAAGUAAUAAUCAAAUGACACGUAAUGAUUCUGUCAACAAUAACAACAACAACAACAAUAAUAAUAUUAACAAUAAUAUAACAAGUAAUUUUUAUUACAAAAAAUCAUGUAAAAAAUUAACUAAAAAAUUCAAAAGUUUACCAAAUUUAUACAAACCAGAUAAUAAUAUUAUUGAUAAUACAAAAUAUACAUUAAAUUAUUCAACAACAAAUUUAAUUGAAUCAUCAAAUAAUCAAGAAUCAAGUACAAAUUCUGGUAAUUGUCAUUCAAUAACAAACAGUUCAAAUAGCAAUACAUCAAAUGACAAUAAAAAAUUACAAAAUAUAAGUCUUGUUAAAUUAUAUAUGAAACAAAAAAGUAUGAGUUCAGAAGGUAUGAGUUUAACACUUGAUCAAACUGAUUCAACAAGUGAUAAUAAUUGGCCAAUAAGUAACAAUAAUAGUCAUCAUAAAAAUAUAAAAUUAAAACGUCAACAAAUAAAUGAUAAUAAUAAUAAAAAAAACAUUCCAAAUAAUGAUUAUUCAAUAAAUUGGAUUAAAAAUGAUGAUUACAAUAAAAAUGAUGAUAAUAAUACAAAUAAAAUUACAUCAAUUAAAGAAAAUAAAGAAGAAACAACAUCAUCAAUUGAUAAAAUUGACAUAAAUAUUAUUGAUGAUUAUAAAAAAGAUAAUAAUAAUGAUAAUAAUAAAUUAAUUGAUAAUAAUACACCAAUAUUAAGAUCAACUGGUACCCAGGCAAUAACUAAAAUGCAAGAAAAUAGUGUACAAACAUCAUUACUAUAUGUAUUACCACCAAAAAAUGAUUAUUCAUAUAUUCGCGAAACGCUGAUUGAUAAAAAACCAGUUUAUAUUGUAUAUCCAAAUUAUACACUACCUGAUUUAUCAUUUUUAAAUACAACAAAAAUAUGUAGCAAUAAUAAUAACGUAACAUUAAAACCACAAUGUAGAACAACAUGGAAAAAACAAUAUGGAAGAAAUAAUCGUCCAUUUUCAUGUAAUGAUAUUGAUGCAGUAAAACAAAAAGGUUUUUCACAUAUUAAAGAUUGGGAAUCAUUAACAUUUUUAUUACCAUUAGAAUAUCGUAAAGUAUUACAUGAUGUACCAGAAAUACCAAAAAAUAUAUCUCUAAAUGAAGAAAUUAAAAAGCCAUUAUUUUGUUUAUCACCACCAAUGAUGCGUAAUCGUUCACGUAAAUUAAGUGAUGCAAUGACAGCAACAAAUGUAUCAUCAAGUAGUAGUACUGGUACACAGCCAUCAUCUGGUUAUCGUGGUUCAUCAACAAUACUAACUGAUUCAUCAACAAAUCAACAAACAAAUCAAAAUCCAUUAUAUUUAUAUCGUUAUGAUAGUGCUAGUUCAGAUAAUAGUAUAACAAGUCAAGAUAAAAAAUUAAUAAAUGGUAAAUUAUUAACAAAACGUUCAUUAUCAUUAAUACAAAAUAAUGAUACACCACCAAGACCACCAUUACCACGUAGUAUAUUACGUAAAAAUCGUAUAUCAACAAAUAAACGUUAUAGUAUGUUUGAUAUGGGUGGUGGUAUUGAAGAAAUUGAUGAUCAUUAUCAUGAAAGAGAAUCAAAUAAACGUAUGUCAUUACAAGAACCAUAUUUUAUUAAUAAUAAUGUUAAUAAUAAUAUUACAAAUAAUAAUAAUAAUACACAGCUACAUACAAGACAUGGUAAAAUAAUUGAUUCAGAUAAAGAUGUUGAUGAAGUUGAAGAACGUAGAUAUGCUGAAAGAAUGAAAGAAGUUGAUGCAUAUUGUAAUAAAAAUUUAAAUAAUAAUAUAAAUAAUAAUGAUGAUAUUGAAUCAAGUAUUGAUGAUGUUAAACAACUUGAAGAAUAUUUAAAAAAAAGUGGUUUUUCAUCAAAUAAUAGUAGUGAUGAAAGUGCAUGUGGUAUUAAUGAUGAUAAUGAUAUUAAAUUACGUUCAUAUGUUAAAAAAUUUUUAUCAUUAAAAAUGAAUAAAGAUUUAAAAUAUAUUGAUAUGCAAGAAUCACAAAAAAAACAAGUUAGUUUUGCAAAAUUAAAUUCUAAUAAUAAUAUAUUUAAUGUUAAUGAUGAUAUUGAUGAUGAUAAAAAAAUGUUAAUGUAUCCAAUAAAUAAAUCAGUUGAUUUAUUAAUUAAAUAUUGGCAAUCUGGUUCACGUGAUACAUAUGAUAAAAAUGAAUGUUCACAAAUAUGUUUAACAAAUUUAUGUUCAUCUUUAUAUGCAAUAAUGUCUGAUGGUUUAAAACAACAAUUAACAACAUCAUUUGGUCCAAUAACAAAUAGUGUAUGGCAAGUUAUUGAAAUAUCAUCACAACAAGGACCAUUAACUAAUAAUUUAAAUGAUCUUGUACAAAAAAUUAAUAGUGAAGAUUUUAUGACUGAAGGAAUGAUUAAAUUUAAUGCAUUUAUAUUUGGUUUAUUAAAUUUACGUUCACUUGAUGCAUGGUUUGCAUAUUUAUUUACACGUGAAACAAUACUUAGAAAACAUUAUUCAAGUACAAGUUUAUUUGUAUCAUCACUUGGUUGUGUUAAAUCACGUUUAAUUAUUGAUAAAUUUUUAAAUGUACUACAACCACUUGCAUUUUGUCCAUUUCAAUUGGAUUUAUUUUAUCAAUAUCGUCAAUUACAUAAUAGUUUUGGUAAUAUUAAUGGUGCUGUUGCUGUUGCUGGUGCUGUUGGUGGUGGUGUUGGUGGUUGUAUAAUAUCACCAAGUCCUAAAAAAACAAGACCACGUUCAUGUAAUUAUGAUGAUAAAAUUACUAAAAAUGAUAAUGAUAUUAAAAAAAGAUGGAGUAAUUUAACUAUUGGAAAUAAAAUUAAUCCUGUAUUGGAUAAAUUUUGUCUAGAUGAUUCUGAAGAUUAUACUGAUAGUUUAGAGCAUUCACCGCUAAAACGUGGUGGUAAUAAUGUUAAUAAAAAUCAAAGAACAAAUAGUCCAGAUAAAAUAAAAUCAAGUGUUGAUGAUGAUAUGAUUAAUGGUGAAAUUAAAUUUCGUAAAUUACAAGAAAAAUGGGAGUUGAUGGUUUGUAAUGAUGAUGUUAAAGAUACAAUACCAACAUCACCAAAUAAACAAACACAAGCUUGUCCAAUUGGUACUAGUCAAAAAUCAAAAAUUCCAAGAUUAUUAACAUCACCAAUAAAACAACAACAAUUAAAAACAAAAUUAACAACACCAUCAACAUCAUCAUCAUUAAAAAAACCAACACCAACAAGUAAAUUAGUACCAAAGAAAUCAACUGAUGUUAAAAUUAAAGAAUUACCAAAACGUACUAGUAGAGUUGAUCAAGAACAUACUGUUACAACAAGAAAUCAUUUAACAAGACCAAGUUCAUUACCAUAUAAAACAUAUGGACCAACAAGUAAAGAUAAAAAUUUAAUAUCACCAACACAAAGACGUGCUGCAUCAACAUCAAUACCACGUACAAAUAAUACACCAACAUCAAGUAGAACAUCAACAGCUACAACACCAUCAUCAUCAACGUCACACAUUAAAAAACCAUUAAAGGAGGUGAAGACGUUGACUCAAAGAUUACCAUCUGAUAAUGGUCAUUUGUCAUUCAACGAGGGUGACAGAUUAAAAGUUAUAUUUGAAGUUGAUAAUAAAUGGCUGUUAUGUGCUAAGGGCGAAAGAAAAGGUCUUGUUCCACGUACUUGCGUUCAUCCAUAUCAAACUUAGCCCACUAUUAAUUCUUGAUGAAUUAAUUUGAACUCAAUAGCUUCAUUAAUCAACAAGACAUUUAAAUAAAUACAAAAAAAAAAAAUGAUAAAAAAUAUUUGUACAGUGUAUGAAACAAACAAAAUAAUACAAGUAAUUACGUUGUUUUCUAUUAAAAAAAGAAAAAUUUAAAAAAAUAAUGAUUAUAUAAAGAAGAAAAAAGAAAAAUAAUUUGCUUUAAAUAAAAAGUUUAUGAUGUAUAUUAAAUCAUAAUAAUAUUUUCAUCAUAGCUGAUUAGAUUUUAGUUAGACAAACCGCUAGUCAUAGACUCACAAGAAAAAUGAAGAUAAAAAAAAUAAAUUACAAAGAAUAAUGAGGAAAAAUAAUGAAAAAAAAAGAAACCAGAUUGUAUUUAUCUAUAAAAAUAAUAAUUAUAUCAAUGAAACAUUUUAUUUAUUAUAAUUUUAAUGUAAAUAAUUAUGCAGUUGGCAAAAUAACGACUGUGGGACGAAAAAAGAACAAAAAAAAAAAAACAAAAAAAGCCUGAUGUUUGUUAAAA